AUGGCCUCCGAGUCCCCCGCCUCGCCGGCCGACCCUCUGGCCGAGCUCAUCACCGCCUUCAACGACCUCAACGGCGCCCUCAUCGACGAGCUGGACGAGGAACCGAGUCCCCUCGAGUUCAUGCGCUAUGUGGCCCGCAACACGCCCUUCGUCGUCCGCGGCGCCGCCGCCUCGUGGAAGUCCAACACGACGUGGGAUAAGGAGUUUCUCAUGGGAGUCUUCAAAGAUCAGACCGUCAACGUCGCCGUCACACCCUUUGGCAACGCCGAUGCGCCGACGGACCGCGACGGCGAGGUCGUCUUCGCAAAGCCUCACGAGGAGGACCAGGACUUUGAGGAGUUCAUCAACUACGUGAUCGAUCAAGAACGGACCAAGAACACAUCCUCUGAAGUCCGUUAUGCUCAGACCCAAAACGACAACCUCCGCAACGAAUACCUCCCCCUCUUCGCCCACGUGCCCCCCUCCAUCCCCUUCGCCCGCAUCGCCCUCGACCGCGACCCGGACGCGAUCAACCUCUGGAUCGGCAACUCCCGCUCCGUGACCGCCAUGCACAAGGACAACUACGAGAACAUCUACGUCCAGGUCCGCGGCCGCAAGCACUUCGUCCUCCUCCCGCCCCUGUGCCACCCCUGCGUCAACGAGCAGAGCCUGGCGUCCGCCACGUACAGGCGAGAAGGGGGCGGUUUGGAGUUGGACCUCGAUCGCGAGAGUGCCGAUGUCGACGAUGACGAGCAUGAAAAGGAGACCGCGACGGACCGAGUCCCCUUCGCGACGUGGGAUCCAGACUUCCCCGACGUCAACGCCACCAGCUACUCUCACCUCGCCGAGCCCGUACGGGUCACCCUGGAGCCGGGCGACAUGCUCUACCUACCCGCCAUGUGGUAUCACAAGGUAUCACAGUCUUGCCCGGAUGACGGCGAGGGGUUUGUCCUGGCGGUGAAUUAUUGGUACGAUAUGGACUUCGCCGGACCCUUAUAUCCCCUCAGCUCCUUCGUCAGGAACGUCAGUCUGCAAUCAACAUCGACAACACCAUCAUGA